AGUGCACUAAGCUGUGUCCUGUAGGGCUUGAGAAGGGACCAGGCUGUCUGGUGGUGGGGGACAGGAAUGACCUUGGGGCUGGUGCCCAGGGAAGGAAGGGGCAGUGGCAGAGGAGGUUCCCCGUAAGUGGGAAUGCAGAGAAUGCAUGGCCUCCACUACUCUUUGCUCCCCGUAGGCUGUCCAGUUAAUGAGUGAGCCCUGAGCAGCAAGGGCCUUGAGCAGUCACUGUUGUGGUCACUGCCCCAUGACAAAACACGGGCAUUCCCUGCCUGUAGUGCCUUGGGAAGCUUCCACCCACAGUGGCAGCUCUUAUCCCUGCCACCCUUGUCCAGGUUUCAGGAUUCAGCACGAAGACUCCUACCAGCAUUGAGGAUGUGGUAGUCCUACAUCAGAGGCCUCUGUGGCAUGGACACACUGCGCACGGAUGGGAAUGUCAGGACUUGGGGGUGCCUGUGCAGGUUUUAAUGGGCUGCCUGGGGCCUGAUGGCAAGGAGGGACUGGACCAGGAGAGCCAGGCUGGAGCUAGAGGAUGCUGUGGAUGGGGAUGCUCCAAGCAUGUGCAGAAAGGUGUCUUCUGAGCUCUGGCACAGUCCCUGCUCUGUGUACUAAAAGAAGCAGGGGUGGAUGCAGGAUCCUGAGUGAGACCCAGGCUAUAGGCAAUUGGUACUGUGGCAGUGUUCAGUUCCUAGCCAUGGGCAGUUGUCACCUGGCCCUUGUGGUGACAUCCCAUAGUGACUCUUGCAUUCCUGGCCGUAAGGGCAGGUUACUCACCAACUCAGGUUAAUGGCUAACCCCAGGGCAGCUCCUGCAGAAGGUGGAAGUUCAGCCCUGUAGGGACUGUGUGGAGUCCUAGGGGUGUGAGACCCUGCCCUGCAAACUGGGUGGCAAUGGAGGGAGGCAGCAGCAUGAAUGGGGGCCGCCAUCCAGUGACUGGUGCUGGGAGCCCUGCGCUCACAUCCUGUUCCUGGCUGAAGAUGUGUUCCUGGAUGCUGUGCUGCUGCUUAGCCCUGCAGCAUCUUGCCGUGCAGGCUUCCCUGCUCUGCAUCUUCCACCUGUUACUGCUACCUGCCCUGUCUGAGGAGCUGCUCCAAACCCCAGCUGCAAGCGUGCUGCUGGCACGCAGCCUCUUUGCCUGUGGCAUCUCCACGGUGUUGCAGACCACCCUGGGGAGUCGGAUGCCACUGGUUCAAAUCCCAUCGUUCGAGUACCUGGUCCCUGCCCUGGUGCUGAGCUCCCACGUGUCCCUCGGUGUCGGUGCAGAUGGGAAUGGUGAGCGCAGCCCUGGAAACCUCUUUCCUGUGGGGUCCUGGGCCAUGCCACUGCAUCUGGGUAGAGGCAUGACUAUGGUCACUGUGUGCCCUGAACCACACUGCACCAUCACAGAGAGCAGAGCAGCCUCGCUGCAAGAGGUCUCUGGGGCUGUGCUGGUCUCUGGGCUGGUCCAGCUGGUGCUGGGAGCAGUGGGUGUGUGCGGCUGGGCAGUGCAGCGUUGUGGGCCCAUGGUCCUGGCCCCCAGCCUCUCUAUCAUCGGACUGUCCACCUACAAGGAGGCUGCUUUCUUCUGCUCUGCCAACUGGGGGGUCGCGCUGCUGCUCAUGCUCCUCACCAUCACCUUCUCCCAGCACCUGGGGUCCUGCCGCCUGCCCUUCUGUGCCUGGCCUUAUGCCCCAAGGGUCUCCAUGGAGCCAUCUGUCCCCACCUUGCGCGCUCUCUCGACCUGGCGACAGCACAGCUUUCCUGGGUCAACAACACCCUUCACGCCCCAUGGCUCCAGAUGCCCUAUGCAGGUGAGGUUGCAGGGCUGGGUGCAGCUGUCAUCCCUUGGCAAUGUCACCUGUCCCCUCUCCUCUUCUGCAGGUGAGUGGCCACUACUCACCCCCCGGGCGCUGGCGGUGGGCAUUGCUAUGGCCUUCGGCUGCAGCAUUAACUCGGUGGGCUGCUACGUGCUCUGUGGGAGGCUGCUGCGAGCCCCCCAGCCACCCCCACACACCUGCAACCGAGGGCUGUGCAUCGAGGGGCUGGGCAGCCUGCUGGCAGGGCUGCUGGGUUCUGCAGGGGGCACAGCUGCCAGCAUCACCAAUGCCUGUGCCGGUGGCCUCACACAGGAUGGCUCUCGCCUCUCAGUGCAACUCAGUGCGUUGGUGUGUGUGAUGCUGGGCAUGUCCCCAAGGCUGGUGGGGCUCCUCGCUCACAUCCCACUGGCAGUACAUGGUGGUGUGCUCUGUGUCACCUAUGCUGUGGCUGUGGGCACGGGGAUCUCCUACUUCCAGUAUGCAGACAUUGACUCUGGGAGGAACAUCUUCAUCGUUGGCUUCACCAUGUUCAUGGCACUGCUGGUGCCACGGUGGCUCAGCGUGGCUCCAGCUCGCCUGGUCACAGGCUGGGUUCCCCUGGACCUCCUCUUCCUCUCCCUGCUCAUGAUGCCUGUCUUUUUAACUGGCUUCUUGUCCUUCUUUCUGGAGAACACAGUCUCAGGCACUCUGGAGGAGAGAGGGCUGCUUGCUGACCAUGUGCAGUGGAAACCUGGCACCAGUGCUGGUCAGCCCCGGAGAGAGAGGGGCAAAGCCAGCCCCGUGUAUGGGCUCCCCACCAGGCUGAGGAGACUGCUGCCCUCUUCCUGCAAAGCCUUCCCCUGCUGCUUCCUCUGCCCGGGGAGCGAGGAUGAAAAGGAGGAGGAAGAAGAGGACAGUGGCCUUGUAGCUGAGGAGGGGAGGGCUGCUGUAGGGGAAGGGACACACCUGCUCCUGAAGCCUGGCACAGGAGAGAUGCAGGCAGACCGGCGGCCAAGCCAAGCAGAGAUGCUCGCGUGGCACACGGGGGCCUGAACAGAUGGAGUGCUCUGAGGAGCUGGAGAGCAGACUCCUGACCCAGCCUUGGGCUUCUGUUUGCUUUGGCGAGUCCACUUUUAUUGCCAAAGCUUGCUUCGGGGAUACAGGCUACGUGCUGCUGAUCUCCGACCUCAGCG